AUGCAGUACCUGAGCCUUCCUAAUCUCCAAUGGGCGAUAAAGCCAGGAAUAACCCCUUCCACUCACGAUUCGGACGUGGUAAUCGACGGCUGGGAGCCCAUGACUGACUUCACCCGGGACAACAUCGAGAGCCUCCUCGGCCAUAUCUUGGGUAGAACUUACGACUUCCCUCCCAACCUCAUGCCCGUAGAGCGAGCGCACCUCCUCAUCAGGAACGAAGAUUGUCUUGAUUUUGCAGUCAUCUCCUGGAAUGUUGAAAUCGUCAACACCGUGGUCCGUGUCGUGACCAAAGAACUUCCAGAGCCCGGUGCCCACCUUCUCUGGAGCAAAGGCGCGGCUGCGCACAUUGAUGGCGGGCUGACACCUGAUUGGAGUGCGGUGGAAAGUACAGACCUACAGUUCACCCGGCCUGGCUGGAUAGCCGGCGACAGUAAGAUGUUCCCGGAGGGGUUUCCGAAAAGAUCGGAUGGGGAGGCCGACCACCGCAAAGCAAGGGCGUGCAUCGAGCAAGUGCUCAACUACGCCAGCCGAUGGAAUACAAGAUACGCAUACCUUAUCACGCCGUACGAACUCAUCGUCAUCCGCGGCAAGCUUGACCCAACCACACAACGGCAAUUCACCACACGGGCGCUGCGGCAGCCGCCGCUGCCCGCCACCCCAAGCGCUGCCUCGCGGCAAAGACUGUCGAACAUUUACGCUCCGCAGCGCACACCGACCAGCAGCAUCGCUGGGACAUCGUGGACGCCCCCACGCCAGCAGCAGAGGCCCCCUGCCGUCACACCCACCUCGGCGAGGAGCUCCCCGUCAACCGCUGCUGAUUCUGACCGCACCUACCAGCAGUCACCGGGAGGUGAGAGACGCGCACGUAUGAUGAGUGCAGAGGUGGCGGUUAUCCCGUGGCAUAGCGACGAUAGCAAUGGGCUUUCAGUCAAUCUUGCCAUGCUCGCGAUCCAUGUGCUGGCGAAAAUAAAGAACUCUUUGGAGGAAAGCUACCCACCGAUCCAUGAGGAUCCGGCCUACCGUGGAGCGCUUGGUCUUGACUGA